UCGGGACCUUCACGAACGGCCCGAGUCACAUUCUAAUAGCGUGCGCGAGCGUAUUAUCGCGAGCUGGUGUAUCCCAAAUUAAAUGUGCUCGUUUUACAUAACCUGACGAUAUGACUGGAAAAAAUUAAGUGCCCAGAUUUAAAAGGAAUAGUUACUUAACCCGGCAGAUAGAAAAUAAAAUCAAAAUGGCCGCGAAAUUUGGGAAAUUGGCAGUUGGUGGUUUGACAGGUACUGUAGGAGCAGGUUUGGCAGCCUAUUUCUUUCUGAGCGAGUACAAUGAAAACUGGCCAGCAGUUCAGGCACACCAAGUGACAGCAAGACCAAAGCGAACGCUUCCGACCAGAGCCGAACAACUGCGAUCGCUGGAAACCGACCAAUUCGACAUCGUAAUCAUUGGCGGAGGUGCCACAGGGGCAGGAUGUGCCCUAGAUGCUGCCACGAGAGGGCUGAAAACGGCCUUAAUAGAGGCGGACGAUUUUGCCAGUGGUACUAGCAGUAGAAGUACCAAGUUGAUCCAUGGAGGAGUACGGUAUCUCCAAAAAGCAAUAAUGCAACUAGAUUAUGAACAAUAUCGCAUGGUUAAAGAAGCUCUACACGAACGCGCAGCCAUGUUGCAACAGGCACCUCACUUAGCCCAUCCAUUGCCCAUCAUGCUUCCGGUAUAUCAGUGGUGGCAAGUACCGUACUAUUGGUUUGGUAUUAAAAUGUACGAUGUGGUGGCUGGUUCUAAAACUUUAAAGAAUUCCUACUUCCUAUCGAAAAAGAACGCUCUAGAACUGUUUCCCAUGUUGAAAGGCAACGCCCUGUGUGGUGGAAUAGUGUAUUACGAUGGCCAACAGGAUGACGCUAGGAUGAACUUGGCAGUUGCUAUAACUGCAGCAAGGCAUGGAGCUACAGUAGUGAACCACGUUUCUGUAUCUGGCUUGAUAAAAGAAAACAAAGAUGGCAAAGAAGUCAUCACGGGUGUCCACUGUAAAGACGAAAUGACCGGGAAAACAUGGAGUGUUCCUACAAAAUGCGUCAUUAACGCUACAGGCCCCUUUACAGACUCUAUCAGAAAAAUGGACAAUCCUAACGUUAAAGAAAUCUGCUCUCCUAGCAGCGGAGUUCACAUAACUUUGCCAGGAUACUACAGUCCAGAACAAAUGGGUCUGCUGGAUCCAUCUACCAGCGACGGUAGAGUGAUCUUCUUCUUGCCAUGGCAAAAGCACACCAUUGCCGGAACCACAGACUUGCCCUGUCAAGUUACGCACAAUCCCAAGCCUACAGAAGACGAAAUUAUGUUUAUUUUGGAGGAAGUGAAGAACUACCUCAAUCCAGACGUUGAAGUACGACGUGGUGAUGUACUAUCAGCAUGGAGCGGUAUUAGGCCUUUGGUAUCCGAUCCAAACAAACCAAACACUCAAAGUUUAGCCAGAAAUCACAUUGUUCACGUUAGCGACUCGAACCUUGUGACUAUCGCCGGUGGAAAAUGGACUACGUAUCGUGCUAUGGCACAAGAGACUAUCGAUGCUGCAAUUGCUGCUUGUGGUCUGGAAGCCAAAUGCUCUUCGCCUGAAUGCCGAACCGAUGGCCUCCUUUUGGAGGGAGCUCACGAAUGGACACCCACCAUGUACAUUAGACUGGUACAAGAUUUCGGUUUAGAAUGCGAAGUAGCCCAACAUCUGGCCAAAUCUUACGGAGACAGGGCCUUCACGGUAGCCAAAAUGGCCAGUUUAACCGGUAAAAGGUGGCCAAUUAUCGGUAAAAAGAUCCAUCCAGAAUUCCCGUACAUCGAUGCAGAAGUGAGAUACGGAUGCAGAGAAUAUGCUUUGACAGCUAUCGAUAUGAUAGCUAGGAGAGUCAGGUUAGCAUUCUUGAACGUCCAAGCUGCACAAGAAGCCUUGCCAGAGAUUAUUUCUAUAAUGGCAGAAGAGUUAGGAUGGUCAGAAGAGGAAAAGAAGAAACAGACAAGUCUAGCCACUGAAUUCUUGCAAAACGAGAUGGGACAGAACGUCAACAGAGCCAGUAGGGAUAAAAUUCCGAUUAACCUAAACAAAGAAGAGAUUCAACUGUACAUUAAGAGAUUCCAAAUUAUCGACAAAGACAGAAAAGGAUAUGUGUCAAUUAAUGACAUUAGGCGAAGUUUGAAGCAACACGGUGAGAAGGAAGUACCCGGAGACCAAUUGCACGAUAUUCUCCGCGAAAUCGAUACGAACAUGAACGGACAAGUCGAACUUGACGAAUAUUUACAGAUGAUGUCAGCUAUCAAGUCCGGACAUGUCACUUAUUCCAGAUUCGCCAGAAUGGCUGAACUAGAGGAACAGCAACACGAGAAAGAGAUGUUGAAGAAGAAAAUCAGUGUUGAAAGGAGUGGGGGUGGAUUGUAAUACAUAUCUAAAUAUUGUAUAAUACUGAUCAAACCAAUCUCAGAGUUACUAAGAGUUACCUAUAUUUUUUUAAUUGAUUGUAACUUGACUUCAGAAUAUUGUACAGAGUGGUCGAAAUUGUUCUGUUUUAACAGAGAAAACCUAUUUCCUGACUAGAUAGAGCAAACCCGACAUAGAUGUCAUAGGCUCGAUUUCUGAGACACGUCUAAUGGCGUAAACCGCCUGUUGAUAUUUUCACUGCUGACUGAGAUAGGGGGUCUUUUUUAAUUUUUUACCAUUUGGAAAAUUGCCCAUAAAUUUUGUAUUUCGCGGAAUAAUAAAAUUCUGGAAAAACGUUCAACGGCACUUCCAGUAAGUCAAGCACAAUCCAGUGGCGUAGUCAGUUUUUUCCUAUACUUGCUUUUUUGUCAGAAAUACUAAAAAAUAUAUUUUUUUAAAUGCAAAUCAUAGUUGGCUAUGAACUUAAAAAAAUGCUGGC